CUCCCCCCCAGCUGCACCCUCGCGCAGGAGCCGAGGUCGAAGGAGCGGGACGAGAGGUGGGGGAGGGGAAGGAGUCCCCGGCCGCAGCCCAGGAGUUGCUCCGCGCCAGACCCAGGCUGCCCGCGCGAGCGAUCAUGGGGCUGGAGAAAGAGAAAGCGGACACCAAAAUCUUCAUGGACGAGGACGGCUUCAAUCGGAGCAGCAGCCCCGCGCCGUCGGAGACGGAGAAGAGUCUGGAGAAAGCGCCCGACCGGGACCCGCACGGGCUCAACAGCCACCUGAAGCUGGGAUUUGAGGAUGUGAUAGCGGAGCCUGCAUCCACUCACUCCUUCGAUAAAGUCUGGGUCUGCAGCCACGCUCUCUUUGAGAUCAGCAAGUAUCUGAUAUAUAAGCUCCUGACCCUUGUCCUUGCUGUUCCCUUGGCCCUGGUUGCAGGGAUUCUCUUUGCUGUGCUAAGUUGCCUGCACAUCUGGAUUGUGGUGCCAUUCAUAAGGUCUUGCCUUUUGAUCUUGCCAUCUGUGCAAGCUGUAUGGAAGAGUAUGACAGAUGUUUUCAUUGCACCAGUAUGUCACAGCAUGGGACGGUGCUUUUCAGGAAUCAACAUACGUCUUGACCAAGAGUGAACCCUUUGGAUCCAGUGCUAUUUUAGUCUUAAAUGCUAUUAAACUCUCCUUAUUGAUAUAAUAUAGAGACACUUAAGCAUUCAUUCCAAAGCUAUUGCUUUUUAAAUGGCUGACAUUUUCCCCCUUCAGCUGGGUUGCACUUUUUAUGGGGAAAAAAGUUUUCUUUGGGGACAGGAAGAUACUAGCCUAUAUUGUAACUAAAAAAUGACAAGUGGCAUUUAACUUGUUAAUUUAAGGUAAUGGUACUUUCAUUGCUUGGUUUCCACAAAUGUACAAACUAAGGGAGGUAAUCAUGCAGUGUAUCAAUCAAAUGUUCAUCUACUGUAUUGCUCAAAUUUCUAGAAGUCAUACUACCCAUAGAUCUGGCCUAUGUAUUAAUGUUAGGCUAUACAGCUCUUAGAAAUAAGAAUGGCUCCAGAAAUGCAAAUGAUUACUUCUGAAGAUUUUCCUCAUCUGAAUUCUGCUGGUCAGCAUUUCCAGCCAUGCAAACAGCUAGCUCUCUGUAGAAUCUGUCAGCUUCUUGUACUGUAUAACCCCUUAGUAUAAUUCAUAUUCCAAGUACUGACAGUUUCCCAAAUCCAUGGACUUCCAACACGAUACGAUCUCAAAACCUGGUAGAAUCCAUGGGCGGCUAUAUGUGACCUCCUCAGGGAGUACUGAAGGGUGAGCUUUGAGUGGGUACUUAGAGAGCAGCAGGUCAGAAAUGUUUGUACCAUGAAACAAGCAAAAACAGAAGCCCAGGUAAAUGUUUAUGCGGGCAUAGCCAUUUGAGAGGCUUAGUAUUAAUAGCCUGCCAGCCAUGCCCCUCCCUGCUUUUUUUUGGCCUUCCUUUUUAUGCUUAAAAAUGUUUUGGAACAUGUGUACGCAUAUCCUUGGGUCACUGAUUAUAAGUUCCAGCCCCAGAUCAUGAAAGUCCCAGUUCCAGUGCUAGCAGUGUGGUGCUCAGCCAUACAAAUGUGCUCCAAGUGAGAUUCCCUAAUGACAGAGGAACACAUGCAAGCAUUUUUAUUUAUUCACAUGAAUGUCAACGGGAAAGCCUUCGUAGGACUUCUGUGAAUUAGAGUAGCAUGUAGGGCUCUAGGUUGGGUAACCAAGUAUUUUUGGGAGGAGGGAGGGUAUAGGGAGGCAUUUUUACAGGCUUGGAGGGUCUCUAAAGUUCUGUAAAAGUUGUGAAUCCAAAGAGCUGUAUAGCAAGCUGACACAAAGCUGAACAGAUAAAGGAUACUGGCUGAAUAUUUUCUAUAUUGCCCACUCUGCAUAUUCCUAAGUAUCAGAAGAAAAGAAAAAAAAUUCCAAAAUUCAUUCUUUAAAAUGAGAUGUUGAUGCGGGGGGGGAGGCACGGAGAGAAAAUCUUUAUGCUAUAUUUAAUGAAACUUUUGACUUUUUGUAUAUAUUGUGUUUGUAUGUCAAUGAUGAAGUAAGGGGUUACCUUGAAGCAUUAUUCCUAUGAUCUUGCCAAACGGUUAUUCUAAAAACAUGAGCUCCUUCAGCCAAUUGUCUGCUCUAGUGAUCUGCCUUGCACAGAAAGAUAAUUUCAUGCAUGCAAGAUAGAAAGAGAAGGAGAUCCAUUGAAAUUGUCUUCUACACCAAGAACCUAGUACAGCACUUACUGUGCCUGGGGAACCAAGCGUCCCACAUAGAGGUGGGUGCUACCUACCUCAGAGCUCAGAAAUCUGUGGAUUCUCCUUUCUGUCCUAGGAUGUAUGGAUUCCUAAUCUACAAUCUAUGCUCCUGCCUGGUGCAAUGUUCAUGUGCACAAAUAGCAGCAGCACUUCUGAGUGCAUGAAUAUCUCUGGAGUAGAGCCAAUAACAUUUUAAAUACCAAUGUAUUCUAUUAGAUGCAUUAAUCAAAGGGCCUUUGAUUAGGUUAUAUAAAACAUCAAUUGAAACGCACAGGUGCAAUUCAAAACAUACCAAAGACCUCCUGUAAUUUCACUUUAAUGCUUCAAACAACCUAUGCAAAAGGUUCUAUGGUAUGUAUUUUAAAGAUUAUUUUUAUUAAAGUGGUUAAUAUAACAUUCAAAAUUUUCUGUCUUUAUGGUUGAAUAUCAAUACUGCACUUCUCACAAUAAAUACUUUACUGGCAGAGU